GUAGCAGUUGUAGGUACCCGCACCGAGUGUGAUUAAACUAGCAAGCAGUAGCAGCAGCAGCAGCAGCAGUAGUAAAAAGAACCCCAUAACAGCACCGAAAAGUGAAGGCAAAAUGAAUCAACCCGUCAGUUGUUUACCCGUGACAGCCACAAAAAUGUCGAAGGCGAAGAAAGUGCUAGACGAAGCCCGUGAGACCCAAAAUCGGGAAAUUGACCUGGUCGACAAGGGCAUUUCCAGCUUCGAGGAACUGCCCGGAUUGCUGAACAUGACAUUUGUGACCCGAAUUACGCUAAGCCAUAACAAGCUCAAAGUCGUUCCGCCGGGCAUUGCCAACCUAAUCAAUUUGGAAAUUUUCAACAUUUCGAACAACCAUCUGGAAGAGCUGCCACUGUCCCUGUCGUCGAUGCCUAAGUUGAGAAUUUUGAACUGCUCCAUCAAUCGAUUGAACACGCUACCGCGAGGGUUUGGCGCAUUUCCGGUACUGGAAGUGCUCGAUCUAUCGUACAACAAUUUGAAUGAGAAGAUUCUGCCCGGGAAUUUCUUUAUGAUGGAUUCUUUACGCGCACUGUACUUGGGCGACAACGAUUUCGAGUUUUUGCCUCCAGAAAUUAAAAAUUUGAAGAACCUUCAAAUUCUCGGACUUCGCGACAAUGAUCUACUGGAACUGCCACGGGAAAUCGGCGAAUUGACUCGCAUUCGUGAGUUGCACAUCCAGAACAAUCGUCUAACCGUGCUACCGCCGGAAAUCGCCAAUCUUGACCUGCUGGGUCAGAAGUCCGUGAUGAAAAUGGAGGAAAACCCAUGGGUGACGGCCAUCGCCGAGCAGUACCUGGUCGGAAUUAGCCACGUGCUCGAGUACAUCAAGACCGAAGCGUACAGGAUUCUGUACAAUCGUUACAUUUCCGCUGGGAAGUCAGGCAAUGUGCCACCCAAGGUCGACAAAAGUAAGAAGGCGUCUCGUGCUCGUUCGUAAAUCGAGCUACAAUGUUUGUCGAUUGAGAAUCCUUCUGCCAUGAUUGAUUGAGUAUUUAUUGGUCACAAAACGUAAUGUUUGACCAUCGUAGUCUUCCCGAUUAACGACGUUUUUAUGGCUAAUCGAAUUAAUUUAAACUGUUUUAGGAACGACCUAAUUAAUGUAUCGUGAACCAAAAUUUUAGAUAUAAUAUUCAUAAGAUGUCUUGAUUUUAACAACUAUGUAUUUCUAACGUGCCUUUGAUUGUUUUAUAUGUGUAUGUUUUAAUAUGAAGAUUAUUAAUUUAUAAAGUGCAAACAAUAAAGAAAAAUCAACAUAACAAUCUAAGAAA